CACCAUCUGAUUUACGUAAACAACAGAAAGUAUAGAAACAAAUUUUGUAGUGCACUGCAGGGGUUUUGUGUUGGUGCUAAAAAACUGAUGUUAAUGGAAAAUGAAACAUAUAGUUGGCAAAGUAGUUUUACUGGGUCAUCAAGGUGUUGGUAAAACAGCCACUGUGACUAGAUAUGUGGAGAGAUCCUUCCCGCAACAAACGACUCCCACCGUGGGUGCUUCAUUUUUUACAUGUAAAGUGGUUGCCGAAGAUCAUUUAGUUACCCUUCAGAUAUGGGACACUGCCGGCCAAGAAAGAUUCAAGGCUAUGGCUCCCAUGUUUUACCGAAAUGCAAAUGCUGCAUUAUUAGUAUUCGACAUAUCCUCCCGUGAUUCAUUCGAAAGCAUAAAAAUGUGGGUGCAGGAAUUGAAAGGAAAUGUCUAUGAACCAAUGGUGCUGUGUGUUAUAGGAAACAAGAUCGACUUAAGCGAAAUUAGGCGGGUGACCCGAGAGGAAGCGUUAUCAUAUUCAAAAAGCAUAGAUGCUAUAUAUUUGGAAUGCUCCGCGAAAACAGAUCAAGGUGUGGGUAUGAUAUUUGAACGAAUCGCACAGGGACUUCUGAGACUGCAAGGCGUCGCCUCCACUCUGAAAGUGUAUGAAGAUGACAUGAUGGCGAGAUCCAGUGAGUUAGAAGCAACUGACACUGCCAACGAAGAGACAGUGAAUUUAAGCAUCGGAAGCAUCGCACAUGGUGAUACCGUCCAUCACAGUGGUUGCUGUUAAAUUGUCAAUUGAGGUUACGUUACUAAGCCAAAAUAUCGUUAGUAUUAAGGUAGAAAUAAGAAUUCGUAAAAAACAGGGUUCGUUAAUGUAGAUAGCGAAAUACAGUGAGUUAAAAGCAACUGAUAGUGGCAACGAAACCACCGACCACUUAAGCAUUCGAAGCAUCUCAAACGGUGAUAACGUUAAUCACUACAUUUGCAGUUAAAUUGUCAAUUGAGGUUAUGUUAGUUUUAAGAUAAACUAAAGAUCAUAUUUUGUUAAUAUCAUAAGUGAUAUUCGACCUUUUUUUUAUCGGUUUAAAU